ACGCAUAUCUGUCGAAGUAACAGAAAACCAGUGUUCGUCGAAUCUCAGAGGCUCUCUAUGAUGAUCACGUCUACCAAAAUGUGCCGUAAAGUUACUGCUCAUGCGACAAUCCUCAAAAAAGCCGGCAGCUGGAUGCCCUAUUUCUAGAAUAGUUUGUACCGCCCCCUUUGAAAGGGACAUUCCACACUUUCACCUUCUUCUAUCAUGUCGCUUAUUUGCAGUCAAACAGAAUCGAGAUUCCGUUUGCUAUUCUCUCGCGACGCCACUGAGCCUCUGGAAUUGUGGGACGAUAACUUUGUUCUCAGAUAUCUUCGGAGUGCCACAAAAGGAGUCGACAUCGCCAUCCCAUCACAGACGAGUGGCGACUGGGACUAUGGUGCCGAAGUAUCCGUCACCUCUGGAUACACUGCCCUUUGCCCUGAGCAGGGUAUCCUCGGUCUCCCAGUUUACGAGGAAAUGCCCAUUUCGAAACGUCUUAACAUUCAGAAAAGAGACAAGGACCAUGGGAACUAUGGGCGGUGUCCCCCUCCUCAGAAUGCCGAUCUCCCCUCUCGCCGGUCGAGAUCUUCUGUUCCUGAAAAUUAUCCUCCUCCCAAUAUUAACUUCACUGCCGGCUCGUGGUUCAAUCCCAACGAUGCUCCACCGCUUCCCUUUCCAUGGAAAUCCCUGUCUCUUCCGGAAACAGAUUAGGUCGUUGCACUUUCCGCUAUCUUCGUCGACUACGCCCAACCAAUGGUGCUCGUCGGUGAGGCAGCUCCUUCUCUAUGUCAUAGGGAACCCGAACAUCCUCGAUGUGCGCAGAAACCCUGCAGGGAGCCUCAUCGUAAAGCAAGCAACGUACGCGUCCACCCCUACACUCGGCAUCUUCCAAAAUCACGGGGAAAGAAUUGGUACCCAUUGGUGCCAAAAGUGUUGGGGGCAUGACUUAAAGCGUGUACCGCCAACAGUCAUUUGUUUUGAAUGGUAUAGGCUUGGAAGGUUAUUGAAGGAUCCACUAUAUUUAUUGAAGUGAGCGCGAUGCAGGCGUCGUUUUACCUUCGGAACCAUUAUAUGUUGGAAUUAUCAUAGGAAUAUGGACCCAGACUAAUAUAUACAUUAUUAGAUAACUACUAUACCGUAUGAUUAUAUGCGUUCUAUGCGUUCUUGUACAAAUGACACACAUGCGUGGAAAGUACCAGUCACUCCAGUUACACGUUCUCAAUGAGUAACCGUAGGUAUGUCGCAGAUGAAGAGUUCACAUUAUCACAACCACAGCUUUCUGUCGGCAAUCCAGGCUAAGAACGUUCGCCUUGAGAUGAGUCUCGUUCAACAAAAUGAAGGAGCACGGUACUCCAACGACG